UUGAGAAAAUGUUUCAAACAUGGCAUAUUCCAAAAGACAAGAUACACGUGAUACUGAGAGAUAAUGCCAGAAACAUGGUGAAAGCUAUGACAGAUGCUGGUUUACCAAGUUUGGGGUGUAUGGCACACACCCUGCAGCUGGCCAUCCAUGAGGCAGUGCUGUCACAGCGCAGUGUAAGUGACAUUAUUGCCAAAGGGAGACGCAUUGUGGGGCACUUCAGGCACUCCCCAUUAGCAUAUGCAAGACUUCAGAGUGUACAGAAACAACUUGGCCAGCCCUCCAAAAGACUGCAACAAGAUGUCAGCACUAGGUGGAAUAGCACUUAUUAUAUGCUCCACAGUCUCCUUGAGCAAAAACGAGUAUUGGGCGUUUACGCUGCUGACUUUGAGCUACCUGCAACCUUUACAUCUUCUCAGUGGGAAUUGAUUGAAAACAUGACAACACUGCUGGAACCUUUUGAAGAGCUGACUAAGGAAAUAUGCUCAUCAACUGCAUCUGCUGCUGAUGUCAUACCCUCUGUGAUGGUUUUAAAGCGUAUUCUGACCAAAGAGACUGCAGCAGAUCAUGGUGUGAAGACAACUAAGGACACGUUGCUGGAAGCUGUCACCAAAAGAUUUGCUGACAUUGAAGAAGAGCCCCUCUACAGUUUGGCAACAGUCAUAGACCCAAGGUACAAAGACAGAUUUUAUUCUGAAGGACUUAAGACCAAAACACACAGACUGCUUCUUGGUCUGAUGACAGAAGCCGCUCAGAGGGAUCCAAACCAAGAACAUGAAGCUAACAGCACAGGGGAGCCAGCAGAGAAAGUGCCACGACCAGGAUCUUUGUCUUCAAUAUUCGGUGAGAUCCUGGCAGAAGAAACCCCGCAGCAGGCUCACACCGACAGUCCAACGCCAUCAGAGAUGAUAAUCUACCUCUCAGAGCCACCCAUCUCUCGGGGUGCAUCAUCAUUGGAAUACUGGAAAACUAAUAAGGAACGUUUUCCAGACCUUGCUAAAGUAGCAAGAGCUUACCUGUCUGCACCAUGCACAAAUGUGGAGAGUGAGCGCUUAUUCAGUGCUGCAUCCAACAUUGUGGACGAACACAGGAAUAGACUCAUGACUGAAAAAGCUGAGAUGCUUCUCUUUAUUAAAAAGAACCUUCCCACAAUGCUUACCAAUAAGUAAUAGGCAUUUAGCAUGUAAAAAUGCUGUUCAACAUUUUGCCUGU